AUGGCUCAGAUGGACCACUGGAAGCAGCAUACAUUUAUUGCCAAGGCUUAUACUAUGUUAUCAUUGCCAUCAUUGGUUAUCUUACAACACGCAACGUGCAAUUUGCUGGGAUCGGGUCUAUUCGGAUAUCCUAUGGUUGAUAUUGUUGUGGGCUAUAGCAGAGAGCUACUUGUCAUUUGGUGUCUUGUUGAAGUUUACAAGGUCACAGCUAUGAUUGUUGAAUCAUGUCAGCCAUGGGGAAGAGUGUUUAUAUCGUUUGGUGGUGGCAACCUUUCUUGCAUCUCUGGUGGUUGGUUACUAUACCAAACAACGGGCGAUUUCUCUGAAGAUUGUCAGCCAUUGCACGUCUCUUAUGAGUGGACUGUAUCAGCAACAAGAAACAGCAUCCAUAUUGUUGGUGUCAUAUCAAACUUUAUCCCAUCAUCUGGUGCUUCUGGUUAUCGGUGA